CAUCUUGGCGCCCGGUCUCCCCUUUCACUUCGUCAGAUGCUCUGUCACACAGUUGUGUCCGAAAAUUAAAUGGACGUUGUUUAUGAUUCAGGGAUCAAUUUUAUCAUUUAUUUACAAAAAUAUUGCACCAAUCGGCAAAAGGAGAUGCUCUUCCUUUCGAAAGUUGGUGAUCCUAGAAACUCCUUUCUGAUCUAUUUUCCAGUGGCUUUUCAUUUGAAUCACAGUUUAGGAGUGAGUGUGUUGUGGACAGCUGUGCUGUCUGAAUGGCUCAACCUAAUUUUGAAAUGGAUUCUGAGAGGUGACAGACCAUACUGGUGGGUACAUGAGUCAGUGCAAUGGAAGAAUGUGACACUUCAGCAGUUUGAAUUGACUUGUGAAACGGGGCCAGGGUCACCAUCCGGUCAUGCUAUGGUCACCUCUGCUGUGCUAUGCUUGCUGGUGUUGCAUGUGAUGAGCUCACUCAAGGGGACAAUCUUAUUCCAAACUCAUCUGUUGUUGAGAUAUUUUACAACUGUGAUAGUUUGGAGUUUUUUUGUAAUUGUUCUCUCUCUUGUUUCAGUCUCAAGAAUAUUCAUAGCAACACAUUUUCCUCAUCAGGUUCUACAGGGCACAGUAAUUGGUGUGAUUCUAGCAUUUUUUGUAAGAAAAAAUAUUUCUAAAUUGCUAAAAAUUACCUAUUCUUUUUCUUAUUGUGCAGCUUUUUCCUUAGCCAUGGUGACAAUAACUUUAGUGUCACAUUUUAUCCUUUCAAUCCUUGUGUAUGAUCCUUCAAUUUCGGUUAUGAAAGCCAAGAAGUGGUGUAUGAAAGCAUCAUACAUCCAUCUGGAUACUACGCCAUUUUAUGCACUAGUUCGUGAUUCUGGAGCAACUUUAGGAUUAGGAAUUGCUUUCACUGUGAUGAGAUUGAUUCUCAGAACAAGGGAAAUUAUUUGGAGAGGAUUUCAAGCAGCAUUACUGACAGGAAGUUUGAAAAUUAAUUUGUCAGUUUUUGUAUUACAGUUGUUGGAAGUGAUAUCUUUGCCAAAAUCACAUCCUUUGCUAUUUUAUUUUGCUGGAUUCAUUCGAUGCUCUCUUAUUCCAGUUGUUGUAAUUUUUAUUGUUCCAAGCAUAGUAUCACAGUGAGUGAAUU